AUGGCAAGUAUUCGUGUGGCAGACUUUUCCGAAAGCACUGAGGAUUGCAACUUAAAAAAUAUAACUGCAGGAACGGGAACCAGUAGCAAUGAUAAUUUAUCAGUAAACUCUACAAGUGGGAACAAAACCGACGGAGGUGGAAGAUGGUCCAGGGAUGUGUCACUAUCUGAUAGAGAAAUAACCGCGAGGAACAAUGUAACACAGCUCAUCUCAGUUGUUGAUCUCAAGGCAGAGUAUGUUGGCAUGACUUCUGUCUUCUUAACAUGGGCUGUGAGUGAUACUGCUUCCGACUCAUACACGUACAGGAUAGAGGUUGUAAGUGGUGCCUCUGUGAGGAACCUGACAUCCAGUGCUGCCAAAAUUGAGGUUACUGAGUUAAUCCCUGGGACGAUGUACACCUUCACAGUAUUUGCAGUAAUGAAUGACAGUGAAACAGAAGGAGGACAAGUCAUAAGCCUGUAUACAAAGCCCAGCCCAGUCCAGGAUCUCAAGGCAGAGUAUGUUGGUGUGACUUCUGUCAACUUAAUGUGGACAGUGAGCGAUGCUGCUUCCAACUUGUACACGUACAGGAUAGAGGUUGUAAGUGGUGCCUCUGUGAGGAACCUGACGUCCAGUGCUGCCAAAAUUGAGGUUACUGAGUUAAUCCCUGGGACGAUGUACACCUUCACAGUAUUUGCAGUAGCGGCUGAUGGUCAGACGGAAGGAGAAGGGGUGUCCAUAAGCCAGUAUACAAAGCCCAGCCCAGUCCAGGAUCUCAAGGCAGAGUAUGUUGGCACGACUUCUGUCAACCUAAUGUGGACUGUGAGCGACGCUGCUUCCAACUUGUACACGUACAGGAUAGAGGUUGUAAGUGGUGCCUCUGUGAGGAACCUGACGUCCAGUGCUGCCAAAAUUGAGGUUACUGAGUUAAUCCCUGGGACGAUGUACACCUUCACAGUAUUUGCAGUAGCGGCUGAUGGUCAGACAGAAGGAGAAGGGGUGUCCAUAAGCCAGUAUACAAAGCCCAGCCCAGUCCAGGAUCUCAAGGCAGAGUAUGUUGGCGUGACUUCUGUCAACUUAAUGUGGACAGUGAGCGAUGCUGCUUCCAACUCCUACACGUACAGGAUAGAGGUUGUAAGUGGUGCCUCUGUGAGGAACCUGACGUCCAGUGCUGCCAAAAUUGAGGUUACUGAGUUAAUCCCUGGGACGAUGUACACCUUUACAGUAUUUGCAGUAGUGGCUGAUGGUCAGACGGAAGGAGAAGGGGUGUCCAUAAGCCAGUAUACAAAGCCCAGCCCUGUCCAGAACCUCAAGGCAGAAUAUGUUGAUACGACUUCUGUCAACUUAACGUGGGCUGUGAGCGACGCUGCUUCCAACUUGUACACGUACAGGAUAGAGGUUGUAAGUGGUGCCUCUGUGAGGAACCUGACGUCCAGUGCUGCCAAAAUUGAGGUUACUGAGUUAAUCCCUGGGACGAUGUACACCUUCACAGUAUUUGCAGUAGUGGCUGGUGGUCAGACGGAAGGAGAAGGGGUGUCCAUAAGCCAGUAUACAAAGCCCAGCCCAGUCCAGGAUCUCAAGGCAGAGUAUGUUGGCACGACUUCUGUCAACUUAACAUGGGCUGUGAGCGACGCUGCUUCCAACUUGUACACGUACAGGAUAGAGGUUGUAAGUGGUGCCUCUGUGAGGAACUUGACGUCCAGUGCUGCCAAAAUUGAGGUUACUGAGUUAAUCCCUGGGACGAUGUACACCUUCACAGUAUUUGCAGUAGCGGCUGAUGGUCAGACGGAAGGAGAAGGGGUGUCCAUAAGCCAGUAUACAAAGCCCAGCCCAGUCCAGGAUCUCAAGGCAGAGUAUGUUGGCACGACUUCUGUCAACUUAACAUGGGCUGUGAGCGACGCUGCUUCCAACUUGUACAUGUACAGGAUAGAGGUUGUAAGUGGUGCCUCUGUGAGGAACCUGACGUCCAGUGCUGCCAAAAUUGAGGUUACUGAGUUAAUCCCUGGGACGAUGUACACCUUCACAGUAUUUGCAGUAGCGGCUGGUGGUCAGACGGAAGGAGAAGGGGUGUCCAUAAGCCAGUAUACAAUUCCUGCCUCAGUGAAUUCAUUUCAGUGUGAAUCGGUGGCCAAGCAGUCUUCCCUAAUGCUGAAGUGGGGAUGUCCUUCUGGUAACAAUUCUGGCUUUGAAAUUGAAGUAUUUAAUGCUACGUGGAGAAGGAAAGAACAGACUCCAUCCUGCACGAGAGAAGGCUCAGAGGAAACCUUCACAAUAACAUCUUUAGAUUAUUUCAGUACCUAUAAUGUUACUAUUGUAACUCUUUCAAAUAGUGUUGAAAGCCCUCCAGUGCACAAAAGGUGUAAUACGAGCAUUACUGACCCACCUACUCCAAGCAAAGUUCCUACAGUCAAGGCAGUCAGCCACAGCUCGUUGUCUGUUGAAUUCUCUGAUUUUGAGUCAGUGAAUGGACCAUUAAAAGCCUAUGCAGUGAUGAUCACAACAGAAGAACAAGGUUGUGGAUCUUUGAAGUCUAAAUUGAAUAACACAUAUGAAGAUUUCAAGAAGAAGACGACAGCCACCUAUGUAACAUAUGUCAUAGAUACUGAGCAGGCAAAAUCACCUUCUUUCCAUUCUCAGGAUGGUAGAAACAUCAUUUAUGUAGGCAAAGGAAACACAGUGUAUGGCUACAAAAACGGACCAUUGACUCCACUUGGUUCAUACAGGGCAAGUGUUGCGGGUUUCACCAAUAUAGCCUUUACUACAGCCAGCAUCAUUGUGGGAGAAGAUAGUUAUGUAUCGUUUACACACUGUUCUGAGGAGGUUUCGCUACCCCAGGAUCCAGGUGUUAUUGCUGGAGCUGUUAUUGGAUGCCUUUUAGCUAUACUGGCUGUAGUCGCUAUAGGCGGUUUCAUAUUCUGGAGAAGGAGAAGGAAAGAUAAAAGAAAUACUGACGUGUCCUUUUCUCCAAUUAAAGUCAAGAAAUCAAAAAUGAUUAAAGUGGAGAAUUUUGAGUCCUACUUUAAAAAGCAGCAAGCUGACUCCAACUGUGGUUUUGCUGAAGAGUAUGAGGAACUCAAGUCUGCUGGUGUUCAUCAGCCUAAAUUUGCUGCAGAACUUGCUGAGAACAGGGGAAAAAAUAGAUACAACAACGUCUUACCAUAUGAUAUUUCUCGUGUUAAACUUUCAGAUCAAAGCUCUGCAACUGAUGAUUAUAUUAAUGCAAACUAUAUGCCCGGCUAUAACUCAAGGAAGGCAUUUAUUGCUGCACAGGGUCCUUUACCCAAUACAAUAGAAGACUUCUGGCGCAUGAUUUGGGAAAAGAACAUCUACUCUAUUGUUAUGUUGACAAAAUGUGUUGAACAAGCCCGGACAAAAUGUGAGCAAUACUGGCCCGACAAGCAAUCCAAGAGCUAUGGUGACAUUAUUGUGACAACAGUCUCAGAGAUUGUCCUUCCAGAAUGGACAAUAAGAGACUUCACUGUAGAAAAGGCCAACACACCAGAGAGCCACACGGUGCGCCAGUUCCAUUUCACCUCCUGGCCUGAUCAUGGAGUGCCAGAGACAACAGAUCUUCUCAUCAACUUCAGACACCUUGUUCAUGAGUACAGUAGUCAAAAUCCAAUCGACUCUCCAACUCUGGUGCAUUGCAGUGCUGGCGUUGGGAGAACGGGAACGUUCAUUGCCAUCGACCGGCUCAUUCAGCAGAUCGAAAUGGAGAAUACUGUGGAUGUGUAUGGAGUGGUGUACGAUCUUCGCAUGCACCGACCUUUAAUGGUGCAGACAGAGGACCAGUAUGUCUUCCUAAACCAGUGCGUUAUGGAUAUUAUUAAAUCCCAGAAGGACAAGAAAACUGAUCUUAUUUACCAAAACAUGACAGCAAUGGCAAUCUAUGAAAACUUCACACCUGGGCCAGGCUUUGGGAAGGCAAACGGCUACCACGCAUAG